ACAUUGAUUUUAAUCGGAACCUCGACGUUCAACGCUACUGCGAAGAAAACUUCGAUCGAAGCGAAUCGGGGCGGACAUGGCAGCGGGCAGAGGACGAAAUAAGUUGUAAUACCUGGCGAAGCCACGUGCCUGUAAGCCCAAUCCGUUGCGCCGCGCUCAUUUCUUACACCUCGCCGUGGGGUUACCACUCAGUCACCCUCCUGCGCAUGAUAGCUAGCUUCAACCACCGCUCGCAUGAACGAACCAACCAGCGCAACGCACGCCAAUUCGAUCCCCCCAGUCGUAUGAAAGCAUUGAAUUAGGCCGUUUGUAGUUGAGGAGACAGGAAAGGAGGAGUACAUUUUUUGGGAAUAAGAUAAGAUGAUGGGUUCGGAGAACCAGGGCUUCGAAGAAGCACAUCUUUAUGCAUCUAGAGAAGAGAUGGAGAAUCUCGUUCUCGACGACUCCUUGUCCUCCAAAUCCUACUCUAGUUACCGAAGUGCGAUGACUACUCUCGGCGAUUCUCGCCUCCACCACCCUCUCGCGCCGCCGAUCAUGGCCACUCCGGCCGAAUCCGAUCCGUUGAUGUCUCCGCCGCUGUCCAAGCACAGGGAUGCCAAAAGCCCUAAUUCCGCUGUCAAUUUGCAUGCAGAACAAGCGACCCGCGAUAACGUCCUGCUUAACCCACUCGACGGCGAUGACGGAGUAGAGGUCAAUGGCGUCGAUAGCCCUAGCAAAGAUUUAGAGAAACAGACGGAGGUCUCGGGAUCGCGGUUGUCGAGGUCCGGGUAUUUGAAGAUCACGGUGUCGAAUCCUCAGAAGGAGAUGGAGGCUUCCAAUUCGAUUGUUCCGGGAGGGAACACUUAUAUUACAUACUUGAUUAUGACAAAAACAAACCUACCAGAGUUUGGCGGGUCGGAUUUCAGCCUUCGUAGGCGGUUUAGAGAUGUCGUUACUUUGUCGGAUCGGUUGAGCGAGGCUUACAGAGGGUUUUUCGUUCCGCCGAGGCCGGAUAAGAGUGUAGUGGAGAGUCAAGUCAUGCAAAAGCAAGAGUUUGUCGAACAGAGGCGUGUGGCCCUGGAGAAAUAUCUCCGGCAAUUGGCUGCGCAUCCAGUGAUCAGGAAAAGUGAUGAGUUGAGGGUGUUUUUACAGGUCCAGGGAAGGCUUCCGUUGCCCACUAGCACAGAUGUGGCCUCUAGGAUGCUUGAUGGGGCAGUAAAGCUUCCAAAGCAAUUGCUUGGUGAUUCUGGGAGUGUGAUGGGGCCACAAGAUGUUGUGCAGCCCGCAAAAGGAGGAAGGGAUUUGUUGAGGUUAUUCAAGGAGCUGAAGCAGUCUGUGACCAAUGAUUGGGGGAGCUCGAGACCUCAAGUAGAAGAGGAAGAUCAGGAAUUUCUACAAAAUAAAGAGAGACUGCGUGAACUUGAGCAGCAAAUCAGCAGUGCCUCACAGCAGGCGGAAUCACUUGUCAAAGCUCAGCAACAUAUGGGUGAAACAAUGGGAGAGCUAGGGCUAGCAUUUAUAAAGUUGACAAAGUUUGAGAAUGAGAAUGCCAUCUUGGACACACAACGAGUAUGGGCUGCUGACAUGAAAAAUGUGGCGACUGCUGCUGUCAAAGCAAGCAGACUUUAUCGGGAACUAAAUGCACAAAGUGUCAAGCAUUUGGACACACUACAUGAACAUUUGGGACUAAUGUUAGCUGCGCACGCUGCAUUUUCGGAUCGAUCAAGUGCUUUAUUGACUGUACAAACUCUUCUAUCAGAACUGUCUGCUUUACAUUCUAGAGCAGAAAAACUUGAAACUGCAUCAUCCAAAGCAUUUGGUGGUGACAAGUUCAGGAUUCACAAGAUUGAAGAGUUGAAAGAACGAAUAAGAGUCACCGAGGAUGCUAAAAACUGUGCAAUCAGAGAGUACGAGAGGAUCAAGGAAAAUAACAGGAGUGAGAUUGAGAGACUUGAUAGGGAAAGGAAGGAUGACUUUGUGGAUAUGCUGAAGGGUUUUGUGAUUAACCAGGUGGCAUAUUGUGAGAAGAUUGGUAAUGAGUGGACAAAGGUUGUGGAGAAUUCUAGCCGAUACGAGGAGAGUGCUUGAACUUGGCGGCUGUAAAUUUGGAAUUUUAGCUUUUCUUAACCGUUAUUUUAUAUUUAAUGCUUGAACUAUUAGGAAAUAGAACACAUUCAUCAUACUACAAAUAAAGAUAAAUUAGCAUUUUUCAGCUUUUCAAA